ACUUGAGGCUCGGCUAUAAGCGCGGGCGCCCUGCGUCCAGGUACCACUGAUCGCCCAAGAUGCGCGCGCCUCAGCUGCUACUGCUGCUGUUGGCCUUCGGCCGCAGCCAAGCGGCCAGAAACACCACCUUCCCUGAGGGCUUCCUGUUCGGGGCGGCCACCGCGGCCUACCAGGUGGAGGGCGCCUGGAACACCAGCGGUCAGUGCCUCCAGCCUCUUCCUCUGUGGCUAAUGCUACAAUACCGUGAGUGUAUUGCAGGCAAAGGAGAACAUAUCUGGGACAGGAUGGUUCACACCAGGCCUAACUGCAUUGCUGACCGCACUUCAGGAGACGUAGCGGCCGACUCCUACCACAAGUACAAGGAAGACGUCAAACUGCUGAAGGAUGUGGGGUUCAACUUCUAUCGGUUCUCCAUCUCUUGGGCCAGAAUCCUGCCCAAAGGAGACGUGUCUGUUAUCAACAAAGAUGGUAUCGACUACUACAACAACCUCAUCAACGAACUACUGGCGAACAACAUCCAACCUGUGGUCACGAUGUACCACUGGGACUUACCACAACACUUGCAAGACCUUGGAGGACUUGUCGGUUCCGCUUUUGGCGACUACUUUGAAGAUUACGCUCGUGUUCUCUACACCAACUUCGGUGACAGGGUGAAGUGGUGGCUGACGUUCAACGAGCCAGGAACCUUCGUAGACGGCUACACCAGCCACGGCUGUGUCCCUCCGGCGGUGGAUGCCCCAGGAGUGGGCGACUACCUGGUGGCACACAGCAUCCUCAAGGCCCACGCCAGGGCCUACCGCCUAUACGACCGAGAGUUCAGGAGCGAGCAGAAGGGAAAUAUUAGCAUAGCCCUCAGUGCUGGAUACGGCACGCCAAAAACUAACUCCAAUGCGGACAUAGAAGCAACAGAAACCUUCAUGCAACAUUCUCUGGGAUGGUUCGCGCACCCGAUCUACAGCCAGGAGGGAGACUACCCCGCCGUCAUGAAGGAGAGAGUCGCCAACAACAGCAAGGCAGAGGGCUUGUUCAGAUCCAGACUGCCGGAGUUCGGCGAGUACUGGGUCAACUACAUCCGAGGCACCGCGGACUUCUUCGGCCUCAACUACUACUCCUCGUGGGUGGUCAGUCACGUGGGCUCGUCUCUGGACAGGGCGAGCCGGUGGAGCGACAUGGACGUGAUGUCGUCACAAGACCCCGGCUGGACAGUGUCCGUCGCCACCUGGCUGGCGUACACGCCAUUCGGUAUGAGGGGUCUUCUCUCCUGGGUGUCCAAGAACUACAAUAACACACCCAUACUGAUCACAGAGAACGGUUGGGCCGACACGGGAGAGAUCAAUGACACCAUGAGAGCCAAAUACUAUGUGAACAACUUGGCCCAUCUCUUGGAUGCCAUUUACUUGGACAACGUCACAGUUCUGGGGCACACUGCAUGGAGCAUCAUCGACAACUUCGAGUGGGCACAGGGAUACACACAAAGAUUUGGGUUGCAUCAUAUCGACUUCAACGAUCCCCAGCGACCAAGAACCCCCAAGGAGUCUGCUAGAGUGUUCGCGGCGCUUAUUAAGAACAGGAAGCUCCCUGAGAAUUAUCUGGAUAAAGUUAUAGAGUAACAUUUAUAUAGAUAGCUACAGCAUGCAAUAUCUACAAGUAUCUCACGGAUGUAAAAGCAAGUAAUAAUAAAAUAAGGUGAUAUUUAUA